UCCAUUCAGUCUUCUAUUGAUUGCUUUGCGAGUGUUUUGACUCGGUGAAAUGAAACUCUUAAUCUUUAUUUGUUCACUGUUGACUAUUGCUGCGGCCCAGGAUCCUUCGCUAUCAUGCAAUUAUAGCAGUAUUAAUCAAGUUUACCGAUGCGACCUUUCGAUCAACAAUCCCAACGGUUUCGACAACUUUACUGAAAUCGGAGGUAUUCAUUGGGAGGGAUUUACCGAUGCUGAUGUGAGUUUGAUUGCCGUAGACAGUGGAACUACUAGGAAUGUACCACAGAUUAUUUGUGCCACAUUUCCAAAUAUCAUCUCAUUUUCAAUGAGCGGAGUGCAAUUGACUGCAAUUAAUGACGACGCAUUCAGUGGCUGUUCACAAAUCCGACGGCUGUAUUUAUACUCAAACCGAAUCAAUUCGAUUUCUGAAAAUGCUUUUGUCAAUCUUCGAGAAGUUAAUUACAUUGGCUUGGAUACUAACAUCCUGACUACGUUGCCCGAAAAUGUGUUUAAAAAUCAACGAAAUUUAACGGAUCUGAGUUUGAGCUGGAAUUCACUCAGUGAGCUACCAACCGGAAUCUUCAGACCACUAGAGAACCUUGAAUAUUUGAGUGUAGGACACAACAACAUUUCCGCAGUUAACAGAGAAUGGUUUUCGACAAAUUCUAAAUUGGUUUUCUUAUAUCUGCCUGGCAACAGAAUUAAUUUGACAUCCGAUAACUUUGCACAUUUGCAACAGUCUCUCGAAUACCUUAAUUUGGGAAGCAACGGAAUCAGUGAUAUUCCCACUGGAGCAUUUGCUGGGUUAGCAAAUCUUAUCGAUUUGUUACUGUAUAACAACAAUUUUCGUGAAAUGCAUGAAAACUCGUUCGCAGAUCUCGGUCAAUUGAACUACUUGGAUUUACGUUUAAACCCAAUAGAAAGAAUUGAUAAUGGAGCAUUCCGAGGACUCGACAGCUUAGUUACAUUGUCACUAGCAAAUUGUCGUAUACGCGACCUAGCUCCAAUUUCAUUCCAAGGUCUCAGCAACUUAGAUUCUAUUGAAUUGAGUUUUAAUGAAAUUGAGGACGUUCCUGCUGGAACCUUCACACCUAUGCCAAAUCUGGUAUACAUCGGUCUAAGGAAUAAUCGCCUGAAAACAUUACGAAGAAAUAGUUUUGGAACCCUAAGUAAGCUACUUGGACUGGACUUGGACGAUAACAUUGUGAACGCACUUGACGCAGCGAUUAUCGAUGAUGCUGUCGAUCUUAUCGCGCUUUACUUCAGCGGAAAUCUGUGUGCCAACAAUUAUUUCAGCAACUUCCUAAUCAGUAGAGCGACGUAUUUGCCAAUGCUUGAAGUUUGCUUCAAUAACAUGAGAUAUAUCGUAGAUACGACAACGGAGAGUGACGGUUUCUAUUCAUUUUUCGACGGAUCACGGCCUGGAAUAGUAGUGCGCGUACAAUCUGAGAACGAAAUACAGAUUGCACUUACCCCAUUCAAUUUUCUGUGGACUGAGUCGAUUGAAAUUUUUAUUGGUUCGGCCAACAAUACCCGUUCCGUGAUACGAAUAAAUGGGGAAACUGAUGUGGUCGCAGUACCAACACCAAAUGUCAUUCAGCAGAAUCGAUGGAACGAUUUCAGAAUAACUUGGGCAAAUCAAAACGUUCUGGUUUCUCGUGUUAGUGAAACCUUCCCAUUCAUGAAUUACACCAUGCCAAAUUUCUUCCCGAUUAAUUUUUAUGGUUUGAGGGCUGUUGAGACCAGAGCUACGUGGAGGGUGACACCAUAUGUUUUUUGACGGAACUCUGAAAUUAAUAUAAAUUAAGGAAAAGAUGAAUUUGUAAAUAAAAAAAUAUUAUUGAAAUGA